GUGAAAUUAGUCUUCAAAUGAAUAUCGAGUUAAAACGUGGUAAACACAGUUUUUCUGUGAAUAAAAUACAAAGUCGAAUUGCAAUUUUUUAGUACAUUUCAAAAAAAUCCUUUAAAUUAAAAACACUGACAGUGAUAAUGUGUCGGUCUAAAGGAAUUGUUAUAUUAAUAAUAUUAAUUUUGUGCACAUCUACAAUACCUUUAAUUAAGUGCGUGCCCCAGGAGACCACAACCGUAAAGCCAGGACGUUAUGUUCCAGAAUUGUAUGGGGCACAUUUGGGAAAAUAUAUUCCGGAUGACAGCGGCAAAUACUAUCACAUACAUCGUCCCUAUGAUGGUGGUUAUGGUGAUCGUGGCAUUAAAUACGUCCACGAUGCCAGUGGCAAUCUAGUGCCGCUGUCAACAAGACCAUUGGGUCCCAAGGAUCAUUUACGUUUUAUGAUUGAUUUUAAUUAUGACAAUAGUGGUUGGGAAAUAAUCAAUUUUGAAUGGCUGCGUGAUGGUGAUGAUAACUACAAAUAUAAAUAUGUAAAUGAAAAUCAAUUAUUUACGGCCGAUGCUGCGGAAGAGUCCAGCGAUACAAGCUCUAAUAGUGAACAAAAUAAUAAUGAAAAUGGUGGUCACAUUGAUGGAGAAUACAAUGAUAAUAAUGGUUAUAAUUAUUCAUUCAACAAUGGAGGAGCAAAUAAAAGUACGAAAAAUCUACAACAAGCUAUUCGUGAAGUUAUAUAUUAUAUAGAAAACAACAUUUUACCGACAUUAUAAGGAAGAAAAUACUGGUAUUAUUAACCAUGAAAUACUUAUACAAUAAUAUUUCAUUAAUUAUAAAGGUCAAAUGUGUCCUGUCCUGUCAUUUCAUAGAUUUAAGUAUUUCAUUAAAAGUUAAGAAACAAAUAAAAUGUGUAGAUGUGCAACUU